UGAAGAAAUGUGUAGAUCUGGGGGAACAGGGGAUAGAAAAACUUCUCCUCAACAUCCUUCGAGUAGCAGCUGUCAUAUAAGGAGAGGGGGGGGGAUCAAAAGGGGGGCAUCUGAGAUGCUGCCGGCCACGUGGAGCACAGGCCGAUUAGAAAGCGGCAGCUGCUGUAGACGACCUACUCACUUUAUUCUGGAUCUCAAGACGACGUCAAGGCAGAAGCUCACGACACUUACUCCUGUUUAGGUGUCAGUAGCACCUCUUUGGCAAAGAAGAGUUUUCUGUUUAUUAUCGAGAGAGACUCCGUAUGGAACAGACAUAAACUUUUGCUCUCUCUAUUAACAUUCAUAUGGUACUGAAUCACCUUUGCCUAAAGUUUAUUCUCCAACAAAAGUUUUCUAUUGAAACUUCGAGUUCUAAAUAUUGGACUAUCUUGUGCAGCAAACCAUCUUCUUGGAUAAUUGGAUUGUUACUUUAACUACCGGUGUGUUUGAAAUAUUCCACGUGUUUUUCAAAUGAUUACAUUGCGGUGUAAAUGAAUUCAAAAUCUUAAAUUGAAUAAUUGGUGUUUAGAGUGAUUUUGUUUUUAGGUGUAAUCUGGUUUUAGUCUUUUUUUUUCUUCUUUCAAAUACAAGAUGUGGCUGUUGACUGUGAUAGUUUUUGCGAUUGUGUCUAUGUGUUUGCAGGCGUUUGGAGAAAGUGUUGACGAACUGUCUCUUGGAGUUUUAAUGAAAGAAUUGCAAGAUGAAAUGAGAGAACUGCGAAGGAUUCGUCAACAAGAUAGUGAGGCCAUUCAUAAAUUGCAAGAAGAAGUUUACAAAUAUGUGAAAAAGGAUGUGGGAAGAAUUCCUCAAGAGGAAAAGAAGAGCAUUAAAGAUCUGUCUGAUCGCUCUGAAGAAGAUUCUCAGAAAAAUUUGGAGGCGAUGAUCAAUGAACAAAAAUCUCUUUCCGGAUCUAAAUUGCAUCAUUUUAUUCACCAAUUUCCAAAUUUCAAGACAGAUAAGAUAGAUGCGAAGCAGGAAGCAAAUUUUCUGAAGCAGGAACUGCUUAGACUAAGCAAAGAAAUGGCUGAAAUGAAAGUUCAUCUGUCUAGUGGAGUAUCAAUGUCUUCAGGGAGAGUGGCUGUACGCUGGUUGCAAAACACAGUUGAAGGACUGCGACGUGAAAUGAAGGAGAUGGCUAUGUCACUUAAUACUAGUGCAACUCUUGCGGAGAAGCAAAGGACCUUAGCAACGUUGACUUUGUUAAAAUCAGAUGUUAGAUCCAUGGAACAUCGCAUGGAUGGUGUAAAAGUGGAUUGGGAAAGAAACGCAGCUCUUAUUCAACAACUCAGAAGGGACGUAGAUGAGUUAAGAUUGAGGACUCAGGAAUCGGCCGCAGGACAACAAAGAAUCUUAGUGGAAGUUGACUCUCUUAAAGAAGAACUACGUGAACACAUAUUGUUAUCAAAAAAGAAAGAUACAGUUUUUAAUCACCAUAGUUUGAAAAAAGACACUGAUGUUCAUAAAACAGGAGAAGGAGAUCAUCACAGAUUCCGACAUGGCCAAUGGAAGGCAGAGAUAGAAAAUUUGCACGAUUCAGUUGUAAAUCUUGAAUUUCUUCAAACGGAAAUAAGUGAAAAAAUGCGCAACCUCCAGAAAACGCAAGCAAUGUCUGAUUUCAAAUUAGUGUCACUGGAAAACUCUUACAAUGAUAUAAUUAACAAUAGUGAACCAUUUGACAUAGAAAGAAGAAUUUUAGAACAAAGAUUAGAUGUUUUAGAAAGCUUAAUGAAUAAAACUGAGGUCCAGACUUUGGAUAUUCAAUCAAAAGUAAACAAUAUUACAUCAACUGGAAUUCACAAGCUUCAUGGAUCUACAAUGCAACUUUUUAGCGCACUGGAGCGUUUGGAGCGUAACUACGAUAGAACAACAGAAGAUAUUAGAAAAGAAAUCUCUAAAUUAGAUUAUAAUUUUUCACAAACGCAAUCCGAUUUGGGUGAGCUAAGUGACAGACAAAUUUCUUCCGAGCAGGUGGCAUCUAAUCUUAAAAAUGACAUAACUAAUAUUGAAUCUGAUCUACAAAGUAAUCAUUUAAGACUUCUUUUGGUUCAAAAUGCUGUGUUAAACACAACUUUCCAACCCAAUCAACAAAUUGCUCAAGAUUCAAGAAUUUCUGAUUUAGAGUCGAAAAUUCAAUUACUUUCAGAAAAUGUAGAUGCCGAAAAAUUGGAAAUCGAGGUUUUACAUCGACAAAUUGUUGAAAAAGUAGACGAUAAAGAUUUUAACAAAUGGGAAAGAGCUCAACAUAAAGUUAGAGAAAGCAUUUUACAAUUCAAAGAGGACAUUCCUCUCAUCAAACAUCAGCAAGAAGAAAUGGAAGAAGAACUUGAAAAGUUCAUACAUCAGCUACCUCGAGAUUGCUCAGGAAACUCUACAUUAGAGCAGUUAUUUGAGCGUCAAAGUGGUACCUAUCUCAUUCGCUCCCCUAUAGAUGAGCUCAAGGAUUCCGCAGUCCAAGUCUUUUGUGAUAUGGAUUCCUCAGGUGGUGAAUGGACCCUUAUACAACGACGAUCCAAAGGUGAUGAAAGUUUUGAUAAAGACUGGGCUCAUUAUAAAAAAGGAUUCGGCGAUAUUGACGGUGAUUUCUGGAUUGGAAAUGAAAUUCUUCACAAGCUAACAACAUCAGAGAAAUAUGUUUUGCGAAUUGACAUGUGGGAUGCUAUAGGCACUUACAAAUAUGUAGAAUAUAAUACUUUCGAAGUACUGGCUGAAAUGGACAAUUAUAGACUGGUAAUUGCUGGUUAUUCUGGUAAUGCUAGUGAUGCCUUAAGCUACCAUAAUGGCAUGGCUUUCAGCACUCCUGAUAAAGACAAUGACGCAAGCAAAGCUACACAUUGUGCCCAAUUCUAUGGUAGCGGUUGGUGGUACAACCAUUGCCAGUAUGUGAACAUUAAUGGCCGUUACAAUACAGGAAUAACGUGGUACGAUAUGGAUGGUCAAGAAUGGUCAGAACUAAUGAAAGUUGAAAUGAAAAUUAAACCACGAACAUUGUUUAAAUCAUAAGCAUAGUGAAAGACUGAUUGUAUUUGCUCAAUAUUAUAUAGUUUUUCUAGUCCUUCUUCUAAAUUAUACGUACUUUUACCGAAUUAUACGUGAUGAGAUACUUUGUGAUGCAUAAACAUUUUGAAGAAAAUAUUAUAGUAUAUAAAAUAGUCACAUUCAUUAUAAUUAUCAUAUGUGAAGAUAAUCUACGAGAAUUUUUAUUGAAUGUAAAGAAUUUGAAAGAAGAAAGUAGUGUCAUUAAUAUAUUUCAUUGUUUGUAUGAAAGUAUUUAUUAUAAAAUUUGUAUAUAUGUGUUUUUGUUCCGUAGACUUCAGGUUAUUUUUCACUUGUUUAAAGUUCCCAUAUAUUACAUUGUAGUAUUACAAAAUAGUCUAAGAGAAAGAAAACAUUGAUUUUAUAAACUUUAUUUUAAAUUUAUUUUGAACUUGAUUAAUUCUAUGAAUUGUUAGGAAGAAAAAAAAUAUUAUAUGUUUAUUUAAAAGAAACUGCAUGUUUCUAGAUUAAAAACGCUUGAUAGGUAAAGUGUAAAAUAUACUUAUAUAUUGGAAAAAUGGUAAUAAAAUUGUACAUAUUUUUUAAUACACUUU